CUCACGCACACAGGCUUCCAUUUGCUCUCCGGUAACACCGCGCAGAUGAAGACGGACAGUGCGGCGCAGGCGGCGCCGUUCAGCGGGAGGAAGCAGAGUCUGAUCGAGGACGCUCGCCGGGAGCGCAGCAGCGGCUCCGCGGGCUCCCCGGGGCCCUCCAGGUACGGAGACGGCUUCGUGUUCGAGGAGAAGCACGGCAGGGUCACCGUGAACGUCCUGUUCACGCUCAGCAAUGAGAAAAACGCGGGCUUCUUCAAAACGGGGAAAAUAUUCGAGACGUUUGAAGCGAAACUUCUCCACAUCGAGAGUCGACCGGGGAGGAAGUCAAAGAACAGCACAACAGAUCUGGAGUUCUUCAUGAAGUGUGAAGUCCACAGCUCCGACCUCGACGUUUUCAUCAACUCACUGAAGAGAGUCGCUGACGACGUUCGUUCGAUACCGGAGGAAAAAGUUCCCUGGUUUCCCCGACAGAUAAAAGACCUCGACAGAUGCAACAUGUUAAUAACCAAAUUUGAUCCGGAUAUGGACCAGGAGCAUCCAGGAUACAGCGAUCCAGAAUACAGAAAAAGACGGGCUUUCAUCUCCGAGCUUGCCUUCAGAUACAAACAGGGGGACCCGUUGCCCACUGUAGAGUACACAGCAGAGGAAGUGUCCACAUGGAGGGAGGUUUACCGGCAGCUGCGGAGCAUCUACCCUGGUCUGGCCUGCAGGCAGUUCCUGGACGGGCUGCAGCAGCUGGAGAAAGAGUGCGGCUACGGAGAGGACCGCAUCCCCCAGCUCAGAGAGGUUUCUGCCUUCCUGAAAGAGAAAACUGGUUUCCAGCUGCGUCCAGUAGCCGGCCUGCUGUCAGCCAGAGACUUCCUCAACAGUUUGGCUUUCAGGGUGUUUCAGUGCACACAGUACAUCCGUCACUCCUCUGCUCCCAUGCACUCCCCCGAGCCAGACUGCUGUCACGAACUGCUCGGCCAUAUUCCCAUGCUGGCAGAUAAAGAAUUCGCCCAAUUUUCACAGGAGAUUGGACUCACCUCACUUGGAGCUACAGAUGAAGACAUUGAGAAACUGUCAACGUUAUAUUGGUUUAGUGUAGAGUUUGGCCUCUGCAAGCAGAACGGCACAGUGAAAGCUUACGGCGCCGGACUCCUGUCAUCUUAUGGAGAGCUCGUGUAUGCUCUGUCUAACGAGCCGGAGUACAAGCCCUUUAACCCGGAGGAGACCGCAGUGCAGCCGUACCAGGACCAAACCUACCAGCCUGUUUACUUUGUGUCUGAGAGCUUCGAGGACGCAAAGAUUAAGUUGAGGAGAUACUCUGCAGCCAUCAAGCGUCCCUUUGCAGUUCGCUACGACCCCUUUACCUGCAGCGUGGAGGUUCUAGAUCAAUCCAGCAAGAUCCAAAAUGCUCUGAGCCAGCUGAGAGAAGACCUGAAGACCCUUCACAGCGCACUGGAGAAGCUCAGCUCAUCCUAAAACCAGGAGCAGAUUAUCUGCAGAGAUAAGAAAGUCAUGCAGACAGAGAAGCAAGCAAAGGGAUGGACAUUUGGCUUGUUUAAACACUGUAUAUGAGAUCUACUGUUAUGAGCACAUACAGAAAAUCACAAUGUAGUAACGUUUGUGAGGUUCCACAGGGUGU